GCUUCCCUGCCCGCCUCCGCUCCGCUCCCGCCCCUCGGGCUCCGGCUGUCACCGCGUGAGGAGGAGCCGCCGCGCGCCGCCAGCAUGUUUGACAGGACGCGGCUGCCCUUCGUGGCGCUGGACGUGGUCUGCGUGGUGCUGGCUGGCUUGCCUUUUGCAAUUCUCAGUUCAAGACGUAUCCCCUUCCAGAGAGGAGUUUUCUGUAGUGAUGAAUCCAUCCGCUAUCCAUACAAAGAGGACACCAUUUCUUAUAAGUUGUUAGCAGGAAUAAUUGUUCCUUUCAGUAUAAUUGUUAUAAUCUUAGGAGAGACUCUCUCUGUCUUUUAUAACCAUUUGCACUCAAACUCAUUUGUCAGAAAUAACUACGUAGCCACUAUUUACAAAGCCAUUGGAACCUUCAUUUUUGGAGCAGCUGCUAGCCAGUCAUUGACGGACAUUGCCAAGUACUCCAUAGGCAGACUGCGUCCUCACUUCCUUGCGGUGUGCCAGCCUGACUGGACACAGAUCAACUGCAGUCUGGGUUACAUUGAGAACUUCCCGUGCCAAGGAGACAAAGCAAAGAUCAAUGAAGGAAGACUAUCAUUUUAUUCUGGCCAUUCUUCGUUCUCCAUGUACUGCAUGCUAUUCCUAGCACUUUAUCUGCAGGCCAGAAUGAAAGGAGACUGGGCAAGACUCGUACGUCCUACCAUACAGUUUGGUCUGAUUGCUGCAUCCAUUUAUGUGGGUCUGUCCCGUGUUUCUGAUUACAAACAUCACUGGAGUGAUGUUUUAACAGGGCUCAUCCAAGGCGCACUCGUAGCUAUACUCAUUGUUGUGUAUGUGUCUGACUUCUUCAAAGUGAGAGGAUGUACAUUUCAACCAAAAGAAGAUUCCCAUACAACCCUGCAUGAGACACCAACAAAUGGAAAUCACUUUGGCAGCAAUCAUCAACCAUGAAGAAUGAUUCACUUACUUCAACUGUCUUGGUCUCUGAAAGGAAAAGAAUUUCACCAGUCUAAUUAUGUAAUAUAAGUAAAUGCCUUUAAAGGACUGCUGCUGCUCUUGGAUGCUCACUUUACCUGUAUAUAAGUAACACUAACAGUUCUGUAUAUCUAAACUUUACAUUGCUGUUGGUUCAAGCUCUUGCUUUAAAAAAAAUAAUACCAAAAGAUAGUAAAACUGUAAAUUUUUAUUAUGAAUGUGGUAACACUCAUUACGUACACUGCUGUUUGUACAUGCCUUGUUGAAAUUAUUGUGGUUUAAAUACAAUUAAAACAAUGUCUUGACUCAA